AUCUACCAAAUCUUUCCUCGGCAAAUACAGCGCUGAACUUUGCAACAGAUUGCGUGCUUUCCUCAUUGCAUGCCCUCCAGCUGGCCCUUCGCCUCCUGUUAGAGAACUUUGUCAUUGCAACUGCAGAUUUUCAAAGGGAUCUUGCUACAUGGCACAUUAA